GGCUCCGGAACUAGUCGAACAGGCGAGCCACACGCACACGCAGAGCGCAGAGAAUCAGUUGAAGAAGUGGCAGCCAUUUCUUCUAGGAUUUCAAUCCCGUUCGCCCUGAGGCCGAGUUGCAGUUGCAGAAAGAUGGGUCAACUGAGUACUGUCGUGGCCGCGCUGCUGAGCGCCCUGGCCGUGUGUGGAGGAGCCCCGACGGCCACCAUCAUCCAGCCGGCCCACUACUACCUGAUCCAGCCGCAACCGUCGACGGUCAAGAUUCAACCCCACCUCAUCCAGCCGAUCCAGCACCUGAAACUGGAACCGAAGCAGUACAUCUACUACUACCCGGCGGCCCUACCGCUGACGGCCACCACGACGACCACCACGCAUCAGUACACGGCCGAGGGCAAACCGAUCCGCCUGGCGGCGCUCAAGCAGGAGGAGGGCGGCAACGGGAACUGGUGGUCCUCGGUGUUUGGCUUCUUCCAGCCACCGACCACCGAGAUGCCGGCGGGCGAAGGAGAGACGACGGAAGCACCGGCGGCCGCCAGUAGCGCACCGGAGAAGAAGCUAAUGUAUGUGGCUCCGGGAGCUCCUGACUUGAGAGUUGGCGAGACACCGGCCUCGACCAGUGGGCUUCCCCAGCGCUACUACAUUCUGAGUGGUGCGCCCCAGUUCUACGGUAACUUCGAUGCGCUCCAGAAUCCGCUCAGUCCGAUCUUUAGCCUGCAGCCACUGCAGGCGAUCCAUGCGCGCGCCAACUCGGACAUUCAGGCUGAGGACGGGCAGCCCAAGUUCCAGGCCCAGAUCGUGUCGGCUCUCGCUCCGAUCGCCCCGGUUCCGGCGGCCGUGCCAGCUCAGCUGAAGAACGAUCUGCUCGAGUCGCACCAGGACAAGGAGCAGACGAUCGAUCGGGCUUGGGGCCGAUCGCUGGACGAUGAGCAGCCUCAGCAGCAGCAGCAACCGGAGCAACAGCCACUGUCGGAGGACGAACCGAUCGUUGUGCAGUCACGCUCGAAGGGAGACGACGAGGAAGGGGAGAGCGGUGCGGUGCGCGCCGUUUACGACGAGGAGCUGCCGAAGGAGCAGGAACCAGAGCAGGCCAUGCAGCGCAGCGUCAACGAUCCGGCCAUUGCCGCCGCCAAGCCCUCCGGUAUUGCGCUCGCCGGCCGGGGCGGUGUCGCCGCAUCGGCCCCGACCGGGACGGCCGUCGUCGGUAAGAAUGGUCUAGCUCUGGCUUCACCGUCGGCCACUUCCGUUGCAGGUAACUUCUUCGAGGAGGAGGAGGACGAGGAGAAGAAGAAGAUGUAAGGCACGAGGUGCGAGCGGAAGCGGCGGAUGUCCCCACGGAUCGACCAAGCGGCGAGCGGGUCACCAAAAGUUCAAGUUCAGGAUAUUUCUGGUAUACGAGGAAGCAGGAGCAGCAAGGCAACCCACCAAGGUUCCGGUUCUAGCGUCUAGCGAUCACUUAGGCUUUUAGGGUAACACAUGCACGGCCACUGCGUGGAGACGAAAAUGCACAUUUGACAAAAAAAGCGGACAAAAAACGUAACCCACCUCCGAGAGAGAGAGAGAGAGAGGGAGCUGCAGGGGACCUCUGAUGAGCUGAUCCGAUCCGGAGGCCAUACUGGGCAGGUGGAGUGAAGGAUACUGGAUAGUAUCCAGCGCACAAAGACCUUUCCAAAACGAGAAUCGAUCGGCGACAGGGCUCACUUUCAUAAUCAUCUUCAUUCAUCAUCAUCAUCAUCGAACUAGGAUUGUGGACGGCACGCGGAAGGCAGGGCGCCGCUCUGCCAGUCGCCGUCGGCCACUAAUCCAGUAUCAUUUUUGCAUCCAUUAAAAAAUACGACAAGGAAUAA